GACUCACGUAGUCACUCUUGAAAACAAUGUGCAAGGGUAAACUUUCACAGUCAAGCCAUCCUGCUAAUGCCCUUAACUGCUCAGAGGAUCCCAGAAGCUACAGAUAUGUCUACUGAGUUUCUCGCAGCAACAGUGGUUACAGAAAUGGACACUUUCACAGCUUCUCAGACAAACAGUUCCACUUGCGACUUAUAUGAGCACAAAGAUAUAGCCCGGAUACUGCUGUCUGUCUUCUACAGCUCCAUCUUAAUUCUUGGGGUGCUUGGAAAUGCCAUUGCCCUCACUGUCAUUUUCAAGAACAGAAAGAAGAUCAACUCCACUACCCUCUACUCAACAAAUCUCGUCUUCUCCGAUCUCCUGUUCUGUGUCGCCUUGCCUACAAGGAUAGUCUACUACGCCCUGGGAUUUCACUGGCCAUUUGGAGAAGCAUUAUGUCGAAUAACCGCUCUCUUCUUCUAUAUCAACACCUAUGCAGGUGUAAACUUCAUGACAUGUUUGAGCAUUGACAGGUUUUUCGCUGUUGUCCACCCCUUCCGAUACAAGAUCAGAAGGAUUAAAUAUGCCAAGGGCAUUUGUGUCUUUAUCUGGUUUCUUGUUUUCAGCCAAACUUUCCCACUACUUAUACAACCCAUGUCCCAAGAAGAAAAAGAAAGGACUACAUGUAUGGAAUAUCCAAACUUUGAAAAAAUAGCACAUCUACCAUUUAUACUUCUUGCUGCCUGUUUAGUAGGGUACCUUAUUCCCCUGGGGAUUAUACUAUUUUGUUACUCUCAAAUUAGCUGCAAGCUUUUUCAAACAGCCAAGGAAAAUCCGCUGACUGAAAAAUCAGGGAUAAACAAAAAAGCCAUCAAUACAAUCGUAUUUGUAAUUAUAGUGUUCGUCAUCUGCUUUACCCCUUAUCAUGUUGCAAUCAUACAACACAUGAUUAAGAAGCUUCAGAAUGACCCCUCAUGCACUGAAAAGAAAAUUUUCCAGAAGUCACUCCAUUACACCGUGUUUUUGAUGAAUUUUAACUGCUGCCUAGAUCCUUUCAUCUAUUUCUUUGCAUGCAAAGGAUACAAAAGAACUGUAAUGAAAAUACUGAGACGACAAGUGAGUGUAUCAAUUUCAAGUGCUGUCAGGUCACAUCAUGAAGAAAGCUCACGCGAUGUGGGAGAAACGCAAAUGAUGGUACUUGCAAAAUCUUCUAACGGAAAGCUACCUGAAAAAUCAAGUCUCUAG